AUGCCUGAUUGUCGACAAGAGGAUCUAAAUGAAUCAAUUCUGUUUCAUACUAGAGAUGACACAAUUCUAUUAGUGGAUAUACCACAUUCAAUCGCCCAAGCACAACGAUUAUCACAGGGCACGAACAUCAGGGAACUCCAAAUAUCGCCAGAAUCAGUUGAUUUCAAAACCAAGAAUCAUAGAUCAAUUCUCUCGCUUUCUCCUCUAGAAAAGUCCUAUGAUUCUUCUACAGAGCCAAAAACACAGUCUGCACGUGCUAAAGUGCUCUCUCGAAUCUCGUCGAGCGAACAGCGGUUUCAUGGUCAGUUUAUUCUGCCACUCGUGGCUAGUGCACUGGAUGAGAUCAGAGCAGAAUAUAAAUCUCAUAACCAGAGAUGGUGUCUUCCUAGAGUUCUUCAUGAAGAGGGACAUCGGGGACAUCAAGAGGAAUCGAAACUGGAUGAACUCUCAUCUGCUACCAAGAGGAAACGGAUUUUCGAACAUUCGACGAGCGAAUGUGUUGCAGAGUUCACUGUCAAAGAUGAACUGAACAACGAUCUAAGACUUUCAAUCAAUGAGCCGCCAACGAUUUUAUCUUGCACAUCUUCCAAUUUAUUUCCUUCAGUCAGCAAGCUUACCAACACUGUGGUAAAGAAUCCAUCAUCGAAGGACGCGACUUUAUUAAUUGGCAGCCCUAGCAAGGAUAAUGAAGAUAGCGAAUCAUUUUACUCAAGAGAAUGCACGAUUCCACCUCAUUCAAACUUUGCACUUUGUACGCUUCCAUUGUCACGACAAGAACCUCUCGACAAUCCCAUUCCUGGAUUAUCCAGCAACCACCUUUUCAACUUGAUACUCUUCGAUCCGCCCUGGCCAAACCGUUCAGUCAAGCGAAGUAGAGAGUACGAAACGCAUUCAUACAGCGAUAUGGAUUUACUGAGCAAGUGGAUUCGUGAUGUUCUGCGUGUACACGCGUACCGGCCACCCCGUGACACCAAAGAGAACUUAUUUUCGUCAGCACUCCCACCCUUGGCACCGAACGGCAAACAAAAUUCAAGCCAAGAAAACUUUGCAGCUAUUUGGAUCACAAACUCCGAAAAAGCGCGGAAAGUUGCCUACGAAGCACUUCUGGGAUCUGGGUUCAUUAUUUACGAGGAAUGGAUCUGGAUUAAGACCACUGCUAGUGGAGAAGCUGUUUGUCCACUAGAUGGAAUCUGGCGAAAGCCAUAUGAGAUUCUCGUCAUAGGCCGAAGAUACCAGACCUCCAUGAUCCCAGAUUUGGAUAUAAACCUUGGGUCUACGGUGCAGAGUGCUGAAGAUGAUUUACUCGGCGUAGACCCGGGUACGAUCCCUAGAAGAGUGAUCGCUGCUGUUCCGGACUUGCAUUCACGGAAGCCAAACUUGAAGCCAAUAUUUGAGCGAUUAUUGUUCAACUCCAGAUCGAAGGAGGGAGGCUUGGAAUCUUUACUCGAAUACUCGGCUCUAGAAGUCUUUGCUCGCAACUUAACAGCCGAGUGGUGGGCUUGCGGAAAUGAAGUUCUGAAAUUCAAUGAUCGCAAUCAUUGGAUAGAGCAGGAUGACUCAAUCUGA